GCCUCUCAUGCCUUUCCCGACGCUGAGCGAAGCCUCCCAUACAGAUGAGCGCUGGAAGCCACGCACCUCUUGACGUAGCCACAGACCGGUUGCGGUGCCACUCGGUCUCCGUAGCACGUAUUUGCGCAACGUGACCGAUGCUCAACUUGCUCAACUGGCUCCACGGCAGGCACAUCCGGCUCCCACCGUCUCGUGAAUUCACUCGAAAAAAGUGCUAUCAUAACGCCGAGGAAAAAAGCUAGAAUCUCCGAGGUGCUGUGGAGGGAAAAAAACCCUCCGCCGCUUCUCUCCUCAGACCGGACUGGACCUUCCCCUUGUCGCCGCCGCCGGUAGACAUAAGUCGGGGUGCAGUCGUGAUGUGACUGCAUGAACGCACUCCACUUUAGUAUCUGCAACAGCAGCUUUGACGACCGCCCAGAAGGUGAAAACAGUGCCAGCGUCAGUGUUUUGGUGAAGCGGAGGUGAUGGCUUCGUUUGACAGCAUGCAGUCCACGCAGAAGCAGCUUCCGUGACAACAGCUGGAUUUGUAGGGAGCUAUGUCCCCGGGCACCGAGGCUCCGUCCGCCUGUGAUAGUCGACAGCAUCAGUGUGCCCCCUCGGUUUGGCGCUUCGAGAGUCUUCGCUAAAGUCCACGCGCACGCUACCUGGAGUCGAGGAGAGGUUGCUGUUUGUUGAAAGGCCGGGCUCUCUGCAGCCCACAACCCCGCAUCCUCCGCGGCGUUUCUCCGCGUUUUUCAUGGCGGUGGAUAUCAGAGCAACCGCUACCUGAGCUUGAUCUCCAACCGCGGCCAUACAUACCUUUACAGCUAAUACUGAGACUUAAUUAAUCGACGCGUGGAUCGCAGCGGUGCUGUGUCUAUGUGCCUCAGUCACACCACCCCGGAAAGGACUUCUUGCCAUUGAGAGCUGGAUAUGCAGAGAUUAACGUGAGAGGAUGGAUCUAAUUAUCUGUGUUUUGGGGCUGCUGGCGCUGGCCGUGGAGGGCAUCCGUUGCCAAGGAGUGUAUGCACCUCCAAGCGUCCGCAUUAUACACUCGGGGCACGCCUGUAAUGUGGAGGAGGAGCGGCACACGGAGAGAGUGUACACCAUCCGAGAGGGAGAGACCCUGGAGCUCACCUGCCUGGUGACGGGCCAUCCUCGACCACAGAUCCGAUGGACAAAGACAGCGGGCAGUGUGUCGGACCGUUUCCAUGACUCCAGUGUGUUCAACCAGACGCUCAACAUUGCAAAGAUCCUGAGGACCCAGGGGGGGCGCUACUACUGCAAGGCUGAGAACGGCCUUGGAUCCCCCGCCAUCAAGUCCAUCAGGGUGGACGUCUACUACCUUGAUGAACCGACGGUGACGGUGCACCAGAGUAUAGGAGAAGCUAAGGAACAGUUCUACUAUGAGAGGACAGUGUUUCUGCGCUGCGUGGCCAACUCCAACCCGCCCGUCCGCUACAGCUGGCACCGCGGGAGAGAGGUCCUGACGCAGGGCUCGGACAAGGGAGUGGAGAUCUACGAGCCCUUUUUCACUCAGGGGGAAACGAAGAUUUUGAAGCUGAAGAACCUGCGCCCUCAGGACUACGCCAACUACAGCUGCGUGGCCUCUGUCAGAAAUGUGUGUGCGAUCCUUGACCGCAGUGUUAUCUUCAAACUCACCAAUAAGACAGCCUCCCCCUCCAUCAAGCUGCUGGUGGAGGACCCCAUCGUAGUGAACCCGGGCCAGACGGUGUCCUUGGUGUGCAUCACCACAGGGGGAGAGCCGCCCCCCAUUCUCACCUGGAUCUGCAGUAAUGACAGCCUACCACAAAGGAGCGUGGUGAAGGGGGGCACGCUCACACUCCCAGCCAUCACCUCAGACGAGGCGGGGGUCUACAGCUGCGUGGCCAGCAACAGUGUGGGAAACCCGGCCAAGAAGUCCACCACUAUUGUGGUCCGAGGUGAGAAAACAUGA